AUGUCUUCUACAUCAACUUUCAAUGAUGGAGCCUGGCAUGGCCUGAUUGAACCAGACGGACAAUUUCCACCUCAAGACGGAAGAUAUCAUUUGUACAUCGGAUUAUUUUGUCCCUUCGCACAUCGAGCAAACCUCAUCCGACACCUGAAAGGCCUGACAGACAUUAUCGACAUAUCUAUUGUGAAGCCAUAUCCGAAAGGCGACGACAAAGGCUGGCCAGGAUGGAAAUUUCCGACUGCGGAUGAUCCAUACGAAGGCUCGACUUCCGACAAGCUAUUUGGAAGCGAGUAUCUGCAUGAAGUAUAUUUUAAGGAGAAGAAGGACUACGAGGGCAGAUACAGUGUGCCAGUAUUAUGGGACAAGCAGAAAACCCAGUUGGUCAAUAACGAGAGUCUGGAAAUACUGCGAAACUUCAACACUGGGUUCAAUACUAUAUUGCCAGAAGAGUAUAGGAACCGAGACUUCUAUCCCGAAAAGCUACGAAAAGAAAUAGACGAGAUUGGACAAUGGAUGCAGGCGGAUCUGAAUACAGGAGUUUACAAAGCUGGUUUCGCUCCGGAUCAGGCAACAUACGACAAGAAUGUUAUACCAGUGUUUCGAGCGUUGAACCGACUAGAAGAGAUGCUGUCAAAGAAUGGUGGACCAUACGUGCUAGGCUCUGAGUUGACGGAAGUCGACAUCAGGCUCUACCCAACACUGAUCAGAUUCGAUACCGUUUAUGUCCAACACUUCAAAUGCAAUCUCGGAACUAUUCGACAUGACUACCCACGACUGAAUGAAUGGAUGAAGAAUCUGUACUGGAAUAUUCCUGGUUUCAAGGAGACUACCGACUUCCGCCAUAUCAAAGAAAAUUAUACCAAGAGCCAUGCAGACAUCAACCCUAAGGCUAUUACUCCUAUGGGACCGAUACCUGAUAUUGAAAGCGGUUUUGAGAAGGAUUGGAGUAAGUUGAAAGCUGGUGGUGUUGCUUUGCCAGAAUAG